AUGGGAGCCGAUGCCGCCGCCGACGUCCGCCCGCCAAAGAAGCUGUUGGCCGAGCUCCUGCUCGAGUCCGAGCGGCCACCCGCGGCGCCCGCCCACGCCAGCGACCAUGCCGGGCAGGAGGAGCCGCCGCCGCCCACGCCCAAGUCGCAGCAGCUUUGCCACAGCCUCCGGCUCGCCUCGCCGCAGCUGGCCCGCUCGCCGAUGCCGAUGUCCCCAUCCACGAGUUGGGCACCCCGCCGUGGCUCGCUCGUCUCCAGCCGCUCCCUCGUCUCGCACGCUGCGCCGUCACAGGGCGGGAUGGCCCGCGCCGGCUCGUACAUCACGAUGAGCGACCGCGUGAGCCCCUCGCGGCUGCUCCAAGCGGCGGACGCGAUGCUGGCGGAGGAGCGCGCGCGGUCGUUCGACCUGGUCGAGCUCUCCGCGCGACUGCAGGCCGAGGCGGAGGAGGCACGCGCCGAGCGGCGCAGCCUCAAGGAGAGCAUGCUCGCCCACCUCGAGGCGGAGAAGGAGGAGCGGACAGAACUGCUCUCGCGGCUGGCCCAGGCGGAGGAGCGGAGCGCGAGCCUGGAAAGGGAGCGGCAGGCGGAGCGCGAGCGCGAGAGCAGCGUGCGCGACGAGCUCACCGCCACCGUCAACCGGCUCGCCGAGCGUUCCGUCGCGGCGGCCAACUCGGCGGCAGAGGCGCAGCAAGUCCGGGCCAAGCUCAAGAGCGAGCGCGACACGCUUGCGGCGGUGCGCGCGGAGCUCGUGCAGCGCGAGGCGGAUCUGCGUGCCUCGCACGCAGAGCUCGCCGGCUCGUCCGCCGCCCUCAAGGAGCUGCAGGAGAAGUGCGCCGACCUCGCGGCGCAGCUCAAGAUCAAGAAUGGCGUCGUCGCAGAGGCGCACGCGCAGGCGCGGCACUCGAACGAGGCGACCGCUGCCGCCAGGACGGAGCUCGCCAACUUCCAGCGGCUGGCGGAGUCCGCUUUCCUCCAGAUGUCGAGCGUGUGA